AUGAUGAAAUCUGGCUUGAUCACUCUUCUCACCCUUGCGGGUGCCGCUACUGUGGCGGCCACCGACUUCCCGCCCAACAUGCCGGAGUGCGCUAAAUGGUGCGCCACCGAAAUGCUCGAGAAUAAGCCGGGCGAGCUUGGUUGCAACGUCGGCGAUGUUACUUGUCUGUGCCAGAACCAGAACUUUGCCUAUGGCGUGCGCGACUGCUCUCAUGGGAAGUGUGGCUACAAUGCCGAUUCCGACUUUGCCAUCGCAUGGGUUAACAGCUUUUGCGGUGGCAUUCUUGCGACGGCCACCACCUCCGCUUCCUACAUUGAGUCGCCUUCUAUUGAGCCGACUCCCAUUUGGACUACGACCUAUACAACCACCUUCACCACCGACGGCAUUGUGAGCACCACCACAGGCACCUCGACUGUCUUCGGCAUCAGCGGUGUUCCCGUUUACACCUCCCACCCAUUCACCACGGUGACCUCAACGUUUGUGUCGACGCACACUAGCGGCUCGUCGACUUUUGAAGUCACCCACGCGACCACGUUCACGACCUCGGUCGACUCUGCCUCAUUGACCGAGCCUACUGAGGCAGAACACCCCUCUUCUAGCUCCAGUGAAGGCCAUGGUGCUCAAAUCACCGGGGCUCCAGCCCUUGGUGUCCUGGCCGCCGCCGGCCUAGCCGCUGUUCUCUUCUAA